AUGGCGCCGGCCACAGAGCAGCAGCGACAGCCACUGACAUCUUCGCAGGACCGCAACGCUGAAGCGCAUGCGUCUCACCAAGUUCCGUUGAAAUCGACGCCUGAUUCGCCGAGUUACAGCGAUGGAAAGAGUCACGAAGGGGGUCAAUUGGAGUUACUGACGGCGGAGAACGAGCAAAUCACAUCGAAGAAUGCACGUCGGACGCUGAUUAAUGGAUCAGAAGAUGGAGGUGAUACACAGCUCGGUAGCGGGGGUUUUCUCGUCUCUGGACGAGCAGAUUUGACGACAGGCGACAGCGAGAAGACGAAGAACAGAGGAGAGAAGCAAGUGGAUGAACUUGUAGGCGAGCUAGUGUCGGUAGAUGGCUACACUCUCGCCGAUUCAGCACGGGACACUGUUGAUGGAUCUGAAAUUUCACUAGAGCAGGUUGGAGCAGCAGAAGAGACGCGUCACGGCUAUGAACAGUUGGUGAGAAACGACUGCGGGCUGGACGGAGACAUCAAGGAGACUGUUGAUGGCUGUGACGUGAUUGAAGAUGGUGUCGAGGUUGAGACUAUGUCAAGUGACAAAGCGCAGUUAAGCAGUGGCUUAGAUGUGGAAGUUUCGGAGGGGGCCGGGGGAAGAGAAGUGGCUGCGUUGCCUUUGGUGCCAGACGUGGUGACCGAAAAUGACGUCGUCGUUUGUGGAUCGAGUGAAGAAGUUGUGAAAGCGUUACCUGAUGAUUUGCACGAGGACGUUGAGAUGGCUGGUGAAGAUGUGAUGGCAAGUGGCUUUGCAAUUGUGCAUUGUUCCUUGCCGUCAGACAGUCUUUGUGCUGUUGAGUCACAUCAGAACAGCAGUUCUAUGACAGUGGAGGUCGACAAGGUUGUCUCGUGCUUGGUGGAUGACGUGGUUGCUUGUGUAAAUGCGACGGGCUCAGCAGAUGUAGGACCUGCCAAAUUACCCAUUAUCCCUUUGGUGCCACAUCUUAGCACUGACGAAGCCAUGGAACUGCUUGAUAUGCACCAAGACGACGACGAUGACGACGACGACCAUGACCUGCUCCCCGAGCACAACAAGGCCGAAGAUUUCGUUGCGGAGGAUGGACGGACUACCCACGAGUAUCAAUGGUUUGACACCAACGACGAUGACGAUGACGAAGAAGAGGUGGCAGUAAACGAUCCCUCCGUGUUUGACGUCAUUACUGAGACCACAGAUGAUGUGUUUGGGUCAAACGGUGACGUUUAUCCCACAGUCGCGACACAAAGUAUCAUGGAUAGCACAAGUACUGACAGCGAUGACAGCGCUGACACGCUAGCAGUGUCUAACGAGAGCAGCUCCAGCAGCAGCAGGAAUAGCAGCUCAAGCUCUUCAUCCUCCGGCUCUUUGUUCUCAGAUUCGUCAUCACCCGAGUCGUCAUCAUCCGAGUCGUUUUCGCCACCGCCAUCUGCUCGUAGUACAAGCUCUCCAGAUCUUGCAAACAUAGGUGGUGGGCGGCUGAAGAAACGUCACACUCGAGGAGAUUGUGGGCCUCGCAACCUGAUGAUGUACACGAAACGGAAGCGCGUACGUGCCCUGGAACUUGAAAAACCAUCUCAAAGGCACGACAAAUCGAAGCGCAAGUUUCCCAAGCCCAUUAUUCCGCCAGAGUUUGCAGUUUUCGAGGUAGAAGCGGCUGACCCGAUCCUCAAGGGUUUAUAUUCGGUGCGAAAUAAUCGGCGCGCGUGCUUUCACGGAAAGUGGGGUUUUGGUGAGGAAGCCUUUAAUAAUAUGGAGAGUGUCAGCCCGUUCGAGUACACUUCACGCGCAAGCGUGCCCCAUCCUCGACACAAAGGUGAUAAGCGCCCUGUCUCCGGUAGGUACGGAGGAUUUUUCAAGCUGCGGCAAUUAAAGGGGACGUUGGUCAAGGUUCGAGAAGAUCAGCUGGACUUGCAGUUCUUGCCUAUGUCUUCCGAAGACGAAGGAGAGGACGAAAAUGCGGGUAGUGAGCGCCACGAGUAUGAAGAAACUGAUGGUGACGAUCGAGCAGCAAGCCGCUAUACUGUGCUUGGCAAGGGUAAGAAUCGCUUUGGCCGGUUUUUGAUUCGAGGGUAUCUGCACCCGGAAAGCGGUCGACUUACGGUAAAGCGCCGUUAUUUGGAGUGA